UAGAGAGUGUGGAUUUCAUUACCCUUUAUUUUUAAUAAAAUAUUAAGAAAUAGGGACGGGCGGUGGGUUUCCAAAUGUAGUGGUCCUUUCCCUUUAGGAAAGAGUAGGCGUCUCUCGCCAAUACCACUACCGAGAGACUAAUAUCCCCUAAUCCUCUUCAUUAAUUAAAAAAAAAAAAAUUCAGCCAGGCAACCUCUACUUUGAAGCAAUGUCUAAAAAAACCAAAAAAGAAAGCUUCAACGUCUAUUGCGAUCUGUGUCAAGUCGGAAUCUGUAGUGGUGUUUGUAAGGGAGAAACUACUUGAUGCUGUUGCUUUCAAUACUACUCUACUCGGUCAAAGCUUCCCGACCGCAAUGAAAUCAUCAUACGGGCUUAUCACAUGGAAUUCAAGUACUGAUUGCUGCUCUUGGCUCGGUGUAACUUGCAGCACUAAUGGGUAUGUUGUCGGACUUGACCUCAGCAGCGAGUUUGUUUCAUGCAGAAUUGACAAUUCCAGCAGUCUCUUCCAACUUCAACAUCUUGAGAGCCUCAAUUUGGCCAAUAACGUCUUCAAUGGCUCUCAAAUUCCAUCUGCAAUCGGAGAGCUUACAAAUCUGAGGUAUCUAAAUGUAGCCCAUGGUUUCUAUUCCGGGCAAAUUCCCAUUGAGAUUUCACGCUUGGCAAGGUUGGUAAGUCUUGAUCUCUCUAGAAAUAGCUAUGAUGGGGUUUCGUUAAAACUUGAAAACCCAAAUUUAAGCAUGCUAAUUCAGAACCUCACAGAGCUUACAGAGUUAUAUCUUGAUUCAGUAGAGAUAUCAGGACAGGGGAGUGACUGGUGCGAAGCCAUAUCAUCUUCACUGCCAAAUCUGAGGGUGUUGAGCUUGUCUUUUUGUGGUCUUUCUGGCCCUAUAUGUGACUCCCUUGCAAAGCUUCAGUCUCCGUAUGAGAUUGACUUGGGAAAUAACUGGUUCUAUGCUCCGGUUCCAAGAUCCUUUGCCAAUUUUUCAAACUUGACUUCCUUGAGUCUCUCUGGUUGUAACUUGCUGGGAAUAUUUCCCAAAGAGGUCUUUCUUAUUCCUUCCCUACAAACCAUUGAUAUUUCUAGUAAUCCGGAACUUGGUGGUUCCUUUCCAGAGUUUCCAAAGAAUAGGACAAAACUUUCAACCAUAUCUCUUUCACAUUGCAAUUUCACUGGAUCCCUCCCCAUGUCAAUUGAGAACCUUACCCAAUUGGUUGACCUGGACGUGUCAUGGAACAGGUUCAAUAGUCCUAUCAGUCCUAUUCACUGGGAAGCCCUUGUUAAUCUGGAAAGCCUUGACUUCAGCAACAAUCUACUCUAUGGGAGUAUUCCAUCGUCUAUUGUUUCUCCUCCCUUGCUGGUUGCAUUAGCACUUUCUAAUAAUCAUUUCUCUGGUCAAGUCCCUGAAUUUUUCAAUACCUCUUCACAGUUACUUCGGAACCUUCUUUUGGGAAACAACAAUUUGGAAGGAGAAAUACCAACAUCUAUUUUUAAUCUUAAAGGGCUUAUGUAUCUUGAUCUUGCUUCAAACAACUUCAGUGGCUUCCCUUUCAGUGGCCCUCAGCAGCCUCGAACUCUUUCAUUUCUUGAUCUUUCCCACAAUAGCUUGUUGUUUGAUUAUAAUGGUACCAGUUCCCCCUUCCUUCAGAUUGAGAACUUGCUAUUGGCUUCUAACAAGUUGGUAGGACUCCCAGAUUUCUUAAAAAAUCAAUCCACACUUUCGAAAUUAGACCUUUCGGGAAACCAGAUUCAAGGCCAGAUACCUAAUUGGAUUUGGAGGCUCAAUUCUCUUGGACUCCUAAAUCUCUCUUAUAAUUCCAUUGUAAAUCUAGAACCUCUUCUUCCUAAUUCUACAUUUACUUUGUUUUCUCUUGACCUUAAUUUCAACAAGAUUCAGGGUAUCCACUCCUCAUAUGCCUUCCUUCAGAUUGGCCGCUUGGGUUUAGCUUCUAACAAGUUGAGAACAUUCCCAGACUUCUUGAGAAAUCAGUCCACAUUAAAUUACUUGGACCUUUCAAAUAACCAAAUUCAAGGCCAGAUACCCAAUUGGAUUUGGAGGCUCAAUUCUCUUCAAGAACUGAAUCUUCCUUGUAACUACUUGGAAACUCUUGAAGCUCCAUUACCUAAGGCUAAUUCUUCUACUGUUGUGACGUCACUUGACCUUCAUUCAAACCAGCUUCAGGGACAAAUCCCAUUGUUCCUACCAUUUGCCCAUUUUCUGGAUUACUCAAGAAAUAAUUUUAGCUCUAGUCUACCGGCUGACAUUGGCAGUUUUAUCUCUAAAACUAAUUUCCUCUCUCUGUCAAGAAAUAACUUGCAUGGAACCAUUCCAAGAUCAAUUUGCAAUACAACUGGUAUGGUUCUAGAUCUGUCCUAUAAUUCUUUGAGUGGUAUAAUUCCGCAAUGCUUGACUCAACUUCCGCUUUCAAUCCUUGAUUUAAGGACAAACAACCUCACUGGCUCUAUUCCUGAUAAUUUUCUUGAGCAUUGUAAGCUACAAACUCUUGAUCUCAGCAGAAAUAAUAUACAAGGCCAGUUUCCGAAAUCUCUUGUCAACUGCUCAAGUUUAGGGGUUUUAAAUCUUGGAAACAAUCAGAUAACAGAUACUUUUCCGUGCCUGUUGAUGACCAUAUCCACCUUGCGUGUCCUUGUUUUAAGAUCCAACAAUCUUUAUGGUAGCCUAGGAUGUCCCAAGACCAACAGCACGUGGCCUGUGCUGCAAAUCAUAGAUUUAGCACACAACCAUUUGAAUGGUGAAAUACCGGCAACGUCUUUCGCAACAUGGUAGAAAAUGAAGGCUAAUGAAGAUGAUGGUAAUCUGGUAUUUUCGUACACUCCCCUGUACACAACAGAGACUAUUGGGAUGGAUGUUUAUUACAGAGAUACAAUAACAACCAUCAUCAAAGGUUUGCAGUUGGAUCUGAUAAAGAUUCUAACUAUCUUCACCUUGAUUGAUUUCUCUUCCAACAAUUUUAGCGGUUCAAUACCUAAGGAAAUUGGAGAGCUGAAAGCAUUGUAUGCCCUCAACUUAUCUGGUAAUGCUUUCACAGGCGAAAUCCCAUCAUCCUUUGGUAACAUGAGCAGCAUAGAGUCCUUAGACCUCUCACAGAACCACUUGAGCGGCCAAAUUCCACCGCAGCUUUCAACUCUCACUUUCCUUUCGCACUUGAAUGUCUCAUAUAAUCAACUGACGGGUAGGAUCCCAACCAGCACUCAGUUUUCAACAUUUCCAAAUACCUCCUUCGAGGGUAACAAAGGAUUAUGGGGGCCUCCUCUGACAUGGGACACAACAAUCGUAUUGCCACCUCCAACGUUUAAUGGAAGCUCAAGUAAUCCAAAUUCUGGAGAUGAGAUUGAUUGGGAUAUCAUCAGUGUUGAAAUUGGAUUUACAUGUGGAUUUGGGAUUGCCAUCGGAUUGCUUUUGUUUUGCAAGAGAUGGAGGAAUUGGUAUUACAGAGCUAUGUUUAACAUCCUGUUCAAUACAUUCCCUCAGCUGGAACACAGAUUUGGCACAGAAGGCAUGCUUACAUAAAUCAAAGGUAUUGGAGACGUUGAAAUGGGUAGGAAGACCAAGCAUGCAGCUCAACUCCAUUUUGCCAGAGACUCCCCUGGCGUUUUUUCUCUGUAUUUUCAUCACAUGAUUACAAUGUAAUUGUUUUUUUUUUUUUCUUUUGUCAUAAUUUUUUUUUUUUGUCUGGUGUCGUAAUCUAUGUUGUAAUCGUUCUUACAAUGUAAUGACUUUACGUUUUUAACA